AUGCCAUCUAUUGCAGCGCCGGCGGUCGAGCAGCAUGCCACCGGCUUCGGCUUCGGUACACCGUCGCCACGGCUGUUGUGGCGCUUUAUCUUGGCCGAGGAAGAGAACGAGGUGGCCGAAGACGACUGCGACUGCGACUGGACACAGUUAGCCUACAACGUUGAAGUCUGGCAUGUGGCACGCUGGGCGCCGAGCUGCUCGACACCUCCGACGGCGUUCCCCCUCGUGGUUGUGUCCAACAUUCUGCACACGCUGUGA